AUGACGCAUACUGCUGAGUUUCUGGACAUUGAGGAAACUUCAAUCUCAUCAGUUCUAGCUGGUGGAUACAAUCAUCCUCUAUUGAGAGAAUGGCAGAAUGAGAGGCAAUUGAGGAAGAGUAUGCUGAUCUUCCCUCUAUUCAUUUCGGACAACCCUGAUGAUGCAUUCCCCAUUGAGUCACUACCAAACAUAAUGAGGUUUGGUAUCAACAAGGUCGGCGAUUAUUUGGAACCAUUGAUCGCGAAGGGCUUGAAGUCUGUCAUACUGUUCGGUGUGCCUUUGAAAGCUGGCGUCAAAGACCCUAUCGGGACUGCUGCAGAUGAUCCGGAAGGCCCUGUGAUCCAGGGUAUCAAACUUUUGAGAAAAAGGUUCCCCGAACUAUACAUUAUCUGUGAUGUCUGCCUUUGUGAGUAUACUUCCCAUGGCCACUGUGGUGUCCUAUACGAGGACGGCACCAUCAACAGAGAGAAGUCUGUAGCCCGUAUUGCUGCUGUAGCGGUAAAUUACGCGAAGGCAGGUGCCCAUUGUGUUGCUCCAAGUGAUAUGAUAGACGGUAGAAUCAAGGAGGUCAAGCGUGGGCUAAUCAACGCGCAUUUGGCACAAAAGACGUUUGUGAUGUCUUACGCGGCCAAAUUCAGUGCCAAUCUCUAUGGACCAUUCCGUGACGCUGCAUGCUCGUCACCAUCCCAUGGUGACAGGAAAAACUACCAACUCCCACAUGCCGGGAGAGGUCUUGCCAGAAGAGCAGUAAAGAGGGAUAUGGAGGAAGGUGCAGACGGUAUCAUUGUGAAACCUUCUACUUUCUACUUAGAUAUCAUGAGAGACGCAUCUGAGAUAUGUAGGGAUUUGCCCAUCUGUGCAUACCACGUCUCAGGCGAGUACGCCAUGUUGCACGCUGCUGCUGAGAAAAAUGUCGUUGAUUUGAAGACAAUUGUUCUUGAAUCACACCAAGGUUUCCUGAGAGCUGGUGCCAGACUGAUCAUCACAUAUUUUGCACCUGAACUACUCGACUGGCUGGAAUAA